CAAAUACAUACAAAUCCACGCCAAAGCCCAAACCCAAAUAAUUAUAUAAAGAAAGGCUUAUGCCCAAGGCAAUGUCAAGAAGGUUGAACUGGAUGGGCCACGCGAAUUUGGGCUUUCAUAAAAAAUGGAUCCAGAAACAUAAAUAAACAUGGAGUCCACAAAACCAAAGAAUAUGUUGUUAAAUGACCAUAACACCCUUGUUUUGCAGAACUAUUUUUCGCUUUCCCCACGGCACCACGAGAUUGUUCUUUGUACACAGUCACGGCAAAAUCACAACAUUCAAACCGACUCGCGCAUAAAUCAUCUCAAUCAGCCACCGCCAUCGCCGUUUUCUCCGAUCAACAGGCCGUAGUAUGUGUAAAAUACCCGUCAGACUGCUUUUCAACAGCUUGGAUUUGAGCAGGAGAUUGAGGCUGUUGAAGAAAGAAGGUCUGUUCCCGAGGUGCUCGUACAGUAUUCUGAACCGCUUCCAGAGGUCGACCGCCGGCGGCGAUGGAUUGAGGAACAGCAAAUGCGAUGUUAAGUUGGAAAGUGAUGUCGCGAACAGUCAUAUCUCGUCGGAGGAUGAAUUGGGCGGUUAUGGCGAUCGGUGGAAGCCUGAAAUUGCUUGGCUGGGUAAAGCUCUCGAGCCGGCUUUGCAGCUGUACAAAUGGGCUCUUCCAACAGGUAGUGGGAUUGAACUGAAGCCGCCACCCACUGAUAGGUCCCUUUCCGAGAUUUUUGCAAGCAUACAAAGGAGUAAGCUUGGAAUUCAGGAUUGGAGUCUCAGUGAUCUUACUAUUGGCUUGUACCUCCUGUAUCUUAGGCAAGCAUCCACAACUUCUGUUGAAGAUGUGAAGGGUGAAAUUGUCUCGUCGGAACUCAUGGUUCAGGAUUUCAUAUACCACACGGAACUAGCAAAGGGUGCUUACAAAGAUAAUGCAGCUGGUCUGGCAAGGAAUAGCAUGAUCAGAGAAAAAAAUGUAAUCAAGUUUGUUAAGAACUCCAGCGUGCUGAGACCUGGGUAUUAUAUAGGAAUCGACACGCGGAGAAAACUCGUCAUCCUUGGUAUACGUGGGACCCACACAGUAUAUGACCUCAUCACUGACAUCAUAUCUUCUGGCCAUGAGGAUAUCACAACAGAAGGUUAUUCGACACACUUUGGCACCGCUGAGGCAGCUCGUUGGUUUCUGAAUCACGAGAUGGAUACUAUCAGAAAGUGCCUAGACAAACACAAGGGUUUUAGACUGAGGCUCGUUGGUCAUUCUCUCGGAGGUGCAACUGCUUCAUUGCUUGCGAUUAAACUUAAGAAAAAGUCAAUGAAGGAGCUUGGGUUCAGUCCUGAUAUAAUCUCAGCCAUUGGAUAUGCCACCCCUCCUUGUGUCUCCAAAGAUUUAGCUGAAAGUUGCUACGAUUUUGUGACUACGAUUGUCAUGCAGGAUGAUAUUGUCCCGAGAUUGAGUGUUUCUUCUUUGACAAGAUUGAGGAAUGAAAUUGUUGAAACUGAUUGGGAAAGUGUUUUCAGUAAAGAAGAUUGGAAAGGUGUAAUAGAUCUGGUUGCUAAUGCAAAGCAAGUUGUAACCUCUGUACAAGAUGUAGCUCGUAAAUUUGCCGAGUAUGCUAAAUUCAGAGGACACUCAAAAUUUUCUGAGAUACCCACGAAGAAGAGGGAAAUUCCAAUUGCCACUAGUUCUAAUAAGUACUCAGAUGAUAAAGCUGGACUUGAAAAACGAGCAGCCAGCAAAGCAACUGAGGAUUUGUUUGUGCCUGGGACUGUCUACUACUUAAAACGGAAUGUGGAUUCUGAAGGCAAUCGCAAACGAAUUGAAUACUUCACUCUGUUGAGAAGAAACCCAGGUGAGCAUUUUCAAAGGAUACUGCUUUCUAGCAACUUAAUUUCAGACCACAAAUGUGAUAGCCAUUAUUAUGCUCUGAGGGACGUACUUAAAGGUUUGCCGAGUUCUUUGGAUGAUAGAACAAUCAGUCAAUAGCUGAAUUUAUUUUUAUGUUUUUUGGGUUUCAUUGUUGUACAUUAUCUUAAUAUUGUGCUAGAUGGAUUCAAGUAAAAUUUUGUUUCCUUUUGCAACAGUAUAUAGAAUCUAAGUACU